AUGGGUUUUGGAAUCGUCGCUAUUGCCUAUAUUUCUGCCCUUCUGUUAACUAUUGCGUUAAUUUUCUUUGUGAUUUAUCAUAUAAUUGCCUUCGAUGAACUCAAGACGGAUUACAAAAAUCCAGUAGAUCAAUGUCGGAAUCUUAAUCCGCUUGUUCUUCCCGAAUAUUGCUUACACGCGUUCAUAACGCUUAUGUUUCUCUUUACGUGGCAAUUGGGGGCGGUUAUUGUUAACAUCCCUCUUUUGGCUUAUCAUAUACACAGGUUUAAGACCCGUCCUGUUCGAUCGGGAGUUGGACUCUAUCAUCCGACUUCAAUCCUUAGUAGCUAUGAACUCAAUCGUGCUAUGAAGGAAGGUUGGAGCAUGUCGCUUUGUUGCUCACUUAGUAACGAAGUUCCCGAACAGCCUGUCCUUAGUCCACGUUCAGGCCACAUUUUUGAGCGUCGUCUAAUUGAAAAGUAUCUUGCAGAGACAGGUGUUGAUCCUAUCAACCAACAACCCCUUUCUGCAGAUGAGUUGAUUGAGGUGAAAGCAUCACCCCUGGUGCGUCCUAAACCACCUCAUGGAACUUCAAUUCCUGCUAUUCUCAAAUCCCUGCAGGAUGAGUGGGAUGCUGUUAUGCUCCAAUCUUUCACUAUGCGACAACAGCUUCAAACAGCGAGACAGGAGCUCUCACAUGCAUUAUAUCAACAUGAUGCGGCUUGUCGUGUCAUCUCUCGUCUAAUGAAAGAGGUGACUGCUGCAAGAGAAGCUCUUGCUACGCUUAAACCACAUACUGGCAUUGGUGCAUCGUCGACUCAGCCCUCUACUCAAGAACAGGAAACGACAAAGGCGGCUACUAUUGACAAUUCUAAUCUUCCAGAAGCGAUAGGACUUUCUGAAGAGAUAAUCACUCAAUUGCAAGAACGAGCAGCUCAAUUGACCGAUGAACGAAAGAAACGAGGAAAAACUGUUCCAGAGGGUUUGGCCAAAGCUAGAGAUAUCUCAGAGUACAGGCAAAUUGCUUCACUAGUGGGCAUCCACUCACCCAGCGUUCCUGGCAUUCUCUGCUUGGAUAUCAGCAAGUCCACACCUGAACGCAUUAUCACCGGUGGUAAUGACAAAAACGCUGUCGUCUAUAACACACAGGCUUCUCAAGUGGUUUCUAUCCUGCGCGGUCACACUAGAAAGGUGUCUCGAGUGGUCUACCAUCAGAAUGAACAACUAGCCUUUACCGCUUCACCUGACUGCACUGUGCGUGUAUGGGGUAUUGAACAAGGCCAGUGUGCCUCUGUCAUCCGUGCUCAUUCCGGUCCCGUCACCGGUCUCUCCUUGCAUGCUGUAGGCGAUUAUCUUCUCUCCUCAUCUUCUGAUGGUCAGUGGGCAGUAAGUGAUCUUGUUAGAGGUCAAGUUCUGGUCCGUGUCCCGGUUGAGAAAAAUGGCUUGCUUCAAGGACUUACAACUGCCCAAUUUCAUCCAGAUGGUCAGAUUCUAGCUACUGGUACAGUUGAUGGCGAAGUGAAGAUUUGGGAUAUUCGUGAGAGACGCAAUGCUGCCAAUUUCUCUCAUGGUGUCGGUACUAAUCAACCACUUACUGCUGUCUCCUUCUCUGAAAAUGGAUACUAUCUUGCCUCUGGUGGCUCUGAUGGUCAAGUAAAACUCUGGGAUCUGCGAAAGUUGAAGAAUUUUAGGACUCUGACACCAGAAAUGGAAAAACCUGGAUCGACGUACGAAAUUCACGACCUUGAAUUCGAUCAGUCGGGCACUUAUUUAGCAGUUGCUGGGAGUGACGUUCGUACCUACUUGUGUAAACAAUGGGAUCUGCUCGCCGUAUUCUCAACACAUACCUCACCGGCUACUGGCGUUCGCUUUGGUCCUAACGCCAAGACAAUUACCUCUUGCAGUCUGGAUCGUACUGUUAAAAUCUUUGGGGAAGGGGAAGGCCUUGAGAAUGCUCCAAUGGAAACUUAG